AUGGAGGAUGACGCCGGGGCCGUGACUCGUCCCCGAGCCGCGCAGGGAGAAGUCAAGGCCGAUCGAAAGCGGUCGGCGAUUCACUUCAAGGCCCAGCACGCCCUUGUCGUCGCCUUCUUCCUCCUUCUCUUUGUCUUCCAUGCCCUCGCAGUCUACCUCUUCUGUAGCGGCUUCCUCCUCUCCCGCCUCGUCCUCCAGGACCGUUCGGAAUGCCCCCUUCCACCCAUCGGACUAGGAGACGGACACACACCCGGGUCGUAUGAAUUGGGGUGCUGGCAUCCCAAGACCUUCGACAAGGCGGUGAUAAUACUGGUGGAUGCGCUGCGCUACGACUUCACCGUGCCCUUCACGCCGGCGCAAGGCGCUGACACUUUCCACUUCCACAACGCUUUGUCAGUACUGUACGAUACAUCUGUGCACCAUCCUGCGAAUGCCUUCCUGCGGCCAUUCAUUGCCGAUCCGCCCACUACCACUUUACAACGGCUGAAGGCUCUGACGACCGGGACGCUGCCGACCUUCAUUGAUGCCGGCUCGAAUUUCGCCGGAACGGCUAUUGACGAGGACAAUCUGAUUGAGCAACUACAUCGGGCCGGCAAGAAGAUUGUGCACUUGGGCGACGAUACAUGGCAUUCCUUAUUUCCUGGCUUUUUCGAGCGGAAUCUCUCCCAACCCUACCACUCCUUCGAUACCCGCGAUCUGCAUACUGUUGACAAUGGGGUCAAUGACCAUUUGUUUCCUCUGCUCGAGCAACCUCAAAGUGGUCAGUGGGAUGUUGCCAUUGGCCAUUACCUUGGUGUUGAUCACGCUGGACACCGAUAUGGACCGGAUCAUCCGGAGAUGACGGCAAAGUUGCGGCAGAUGGACGAUGUCUUCCAAAGAAUCAUUGAUUUGAUAGACGAUACCACCCUCCUCAUCGUCAUGGGUGAUCAUGGCAUGGAUACGAAAGGCGAUCACGGUGGCGAGUCUGAUUUGGAGGUGGAGGCGGCGUUGUGGAUGUACUCCAAACAACCUGUCUUUGGCCGCACAAACCCUGCCUUUGUGACUCCGCCAGCAACUGCAAAAGAACGGCCUGUAAAUCAGAUCGAUCUUGUGCCCACACUAGCUCUUCUUAUGGGACUGCCGGUUCCAUUUAACAACUUGGGACAGCCAAUCGAGGAGGCUUUCAUAAAACCAGCAGGAAAGAAUUACUUGAACUUGGCGCAAGUGAACCGCUUGACUUCGGCUCAGAUUCAGCGCUAUCAUACCGAAUACGCAAAAGUGCGGAGCCUGGAUGCUCGGAUGAUCGCACCGACCGUGACCUCCUGGCUUGAAGCUAAUGAAGCCUGGAGCCGAACAUCAUCCAGUGCGGCAAAGACAGCAGAUGCUUGGAAAGAAGUUUUCAAUGGCUUUGCUGCAUAUCAGACGGAGAACUUGCGGGUCUUCAAGUCACUUUGGGCACGAUUCGACCUCAACAGCAUGUCCAUGGGUACUGUAGCGCUGGUGGGAACUUUCGCCGUCAUCUGCUUCUAUGCCCAAGGUAUUGUGACCGAUCCGUCGGAAUUGACACCCGCGCUGUUGCUGCGUGGUGUCGCCGGGACGGUGGUCGGGGGCGUCUUGGGCGCAGGCGUCAGUGCUGCCGCGGAGCUUCCGUUCAACCAAAUCACUGCCUUUGGGGCCGUGCUGGUGGGAAUCAUCGCGACUCUGUCGGGCUUGUGGUCCGGAAGAGAGGUCGUGAGGAUACCGCGUCCGACCACAUUCUGGGGCUGGCUGUGCACCCUCUCGACCUUACUCUUAUGCGUCGGAUUCGCAGCCAAUUCUUUCACAAUCUGGGAGGACGAGCAAUUACUCUUCCUGCUAAUCACUUUUGGCCUCGUCAUGUUGAUGGCUUCUCUUGGUCUUGCCGAUGCGCAGGAUCGGACAUUUGGCGUGAUCAAUUCACUGUCCUUUCUGGUAGCCACACGGGUUGCUUCGCUAUCACGGCUAUGCAGAGAAGAGCAGGAGCCGACUUGCAGAUCGACGUACUACGCCUCUGCAAUGUCUUCUACUUCUGCUGGCUGGCAGCUGAGCAUUCCAUUCCUCGUGGCUUUGAUUCUGCCAGAGGUGAUGAAGUACUUCUACAUGCGGACAAGAAACUAUCAAGGCUCUGCUGUCAUCUGGAUCGGAAUCAUCCUUCGACUUGGGCUGUUGAUCACGGCUGUUUUCUGGGUCGUCGAUGCUGCUGAUGACGGCAAUUGGUAUCCUCAAAUGGCAGAAGAAACUCUCACGACGGCGCGGGCAUACCUUGCGCAGACCGUUCUGGCUCUGGCCUUCGCCGCUGGGUAUGGGACAUACGUCUGGGCCUCUCCCUUGCUCCUGGUGCGAACCGAGGAAGCCAAGUCAGCCCCAACAAUGACAUCGAAAUCGCUCGAGCCGGCAAAAGCAAACGCCCCCGUCUUGACAGCGAUCAACGGAUCUCCGCAGCCUCGCACAAAGCUAAUAAUCCUCGGAUACGCCAACACGCACGGCUCAAGGUACUUCCUGCUCCCCGCCGUCUGGGUACUUGCGCUGCUCCUUCUACAAAAGCCCAUGGGCCAGGGCACACUCGCGCUCUGCAUGGUGUCCAUCAUCAACAUCCUCGAAGUAAUCGACGUCAACAACCUGCGCCGCUCCCCCUUCGGCCCCACCCUCUUCGCCCUCCUGGGCAGCUUCUACUUCUUCAAAACCGGGCACCAAGCCGUCCUCGCCACCAUCCAGUGGGAAGCGGCCUACAUCCCGCUCAAAACGCUGCAGUACCCCUGGAGCCCCCUGCUCAUCGUCAUCAACACUUUCGGCGCGCAGAUCCUGUGCGCUAUCGCUGUGCCUGCCAUUGCGCUGUGGAAAGUCAAGCCCAGCCUGCCCGGGUUGCUGGGCAGGGUGGCGAGCGCCAUGGCGACGCAUUUGCUGUUCUACGCUGCUGUUGCUGUUGCCACGGUGGUGGAGGCGGCGUGGCUGAGGAGGCAUCUCAUGCUGUAUCGCGUGUUCAUGCCGCGGAUGCUGAUGUCGAUUACGGUGCUGUUGGUCGUGGAGCUUGUGGGGGCGGUAGUGGCUAUUGGCGGCGUGCGGUGGAGCAUGCUCAGUGUCUGUGAAGUGUUUGGGUGGCCGGAAGUGGUCAAUGCCAGUUGA